AUGCCAACACUUCUGGAUGGCGCCUCGAUCCUUCCUCUCUUGAGGGGAAAACAAGCAGCAGGCACAUUGGAGGCCUUCUUGGAGAAGAAAGGUUCAGCCCCAGAGGCAGAGGCAGAGGCAGUCACUACCAGUACUAAGAAACCCCCUACCGGUACACCUUCCGUAGUAUCAGAAGAUUCGCAAAGCAUCAGCACAAGCGAGAAACAAAAGAAACACGAUGAUCCACUGCUUUCGGGCAAACCGUCAGACUGUCUGAAGCUUCUUCUCAAGGAUGUUUCCACGCCCAAUGAUUCAUUCUCGUGGGAGGAAUACUUUGAUCCACUUCCCAGUGCCACAAUGGAUCAGUUCCCCUCCAAGGUCAUCAAGGCACUGCAUAAGGAUGAUCCUGAAGCACUGCAAAAGCUCCAUAAAAGAGGCAUGUUCAGCUGGAAUUGCCAGAAUAAGUAUGGAGAACGACUCUCUCAUCUUGCAAGCCGUGAAGGAGCAGCGAAAGUAAUGAAGUUCCUGGCCAAGCAAGCCAAAGUACCCCUCCGAGUGAGGGACAAGUCUGGCAAGACUUUGCUCCAUGAAGUUUGUUGGUUUACACAUCCUCCCCAGUUGGAGAUUGCUUCCAUCUUGUUGGCUGACUCACCAGAGCUGUUGUGGGCACCAGAUUCACGUGGUUGGACAGCCCUGGAGUACGUCCCUCAAAAGUGUCGCAAAGAAUGGUGCGUGUAUUUGAAACGGAAGCAAUCAUUCAUCCGGCUAAUGUUGCAACUCAAAUCCAGCACUAGAGAAUCUGCCAAACUGUACGAGAAGCAACAACGCUUGCUUCAGAUCAUUCAGAAACAGACAGGCAGAAUGGCGCAGUCCAGCAGUGCAUCUUGA